AUGACGGUUAAAACUCUAACACCAGCGGCUAUCAGAUGCGAUGAGAAGGCCCACGAGCAGAAUACCAAAUCGGCCUGGUUCCAAUUCAUCAAGUCCAUCGCAACAUUCAAAGGCGACCUCACGUCCUUAACAGCCCCGCCAUUUCUACUCGCUCCUCAAUCGAUCGUCGAGUAUGCCACAUAUUGGAGUGAACAUCCAAGCCUACUGGUUGCGCCGGCCAAGGAGAAGAACGCAGAGAAGAGGGCAUUGCUUGUACUGCAAUGGUUUUUGAGCACAUUGAAACACCAGCAUGCGAGUAAGGACGACAAUGGCAAGCGGAAGAAGCCCAAGCCCCUCAACCCGUUCCUAGGAGAGAUUUUCUUGGGUAAAUGGGUCGACGAGUCAGGUACAACGGAACUGGUGAGCGAGCAGGUAUCUCACCACCCUCCUAAGACGGCGUAUAGCAUCUGGAACGAUGCGCACGGAGUUAGGCUUGAAGGACACAUUGCGCCGCGCGCAUGGUUCAACGGUGCUAUCAACAUCGAGCGCAAAGGCUACGGAAUCCUGCACAUCGACGAGUAUAAAGAAGACCACCUGAUUUCGAUGCCCAAAGUUCAUGUCGAGGGCGUUGUGACGUUUCAAAUCGCCCCCGAACUCAGCGGCACGUCCUAUAUCCGCAGCUCAUCGGGCUACACGUCACGCAUCGACUACUCUUGCAAGGGCUGGCUGCGAGGAAAGAGCAAUUCCUUUGUUGCAACGCUGUACCGUGACGGCGACGAGAAGAACCCCCUCUAUGUGCUGGAGGGCCAGUGGAGCAGCUCGUACACGAUUAAGAACAAGGGGGGCAAGACACUCCAGACGGUCGACCUCGGCAAGUUGAGGAGGACGCCGUUGCAAAUGGCGCCUGUGGAAAAGCAGCACCCGCUAGAGUCUAGGCGCGCGUGGCAGCUGGUUGUGGACGCGAUUAAUGAGAAUGACAUUUUCGCUGUGGGGCAUGAGAAGAGCAAGAUUGAAAAUGCACAGAGGGCGUUGAGGAGGGAGGAGAAGGCGUUGGGAGUGGUUUGGAAUCAGAGGUAUUUUACAGAGAUGAAGGAGGAUCAUCUGGUGAAGAAGCUGGUAACCAGGGGGAAGGACGAGGAGGCGGGUGAGGAGCAUAUGGUCUGGCGGUUUGAUAAGGAUAAGUAUAGGAGGAUAUUGGACAAUCAGCGGGAUGGCAUCAAGAGCCCUACGCAUUCGCGGUUUGAUUCUGGGGUUGGGUUCGCGGGUGGAGAGGAUUGUGAUGGGAUUUAG